UAUCUAAAUUGAUUCCUUCCUUCGGUUGAGACCGAGAGCCAGGGAGAGAAGCAGGACUGCUGCUGCACUUGCGAUUCCUACAAAGCGUCGAAGGCUGUAACAUCGAUACACUUGCGUGUCGUUCGGCAGUUGCUUCCAUACAAUAUCUUCAAGGCAGUUAUACAGCAGCGACGUCGACUUUCUUGUCACUUUUUUCACAGAAUUUUGGCGUUUUCUUGCCUUCUGUUGCCAGUGUGGAAUAAGAAGUUGCUGAAGAACCGAAACCACAAGGUCUCGGGCCUGGGAGAAGAGGGAGAAUGUCGAAGUGGAUGCUUGCUUGCUGUAAGGUUUACAUAUCUGAAAGUCGUAACAAAGUCGCUAUGAGUUCUAUUGAACAAGCUGCCAAGCAAUUUCCACGGGCUGCAAUUAUCAAUAAGUUUGAAGAUGAUACCUACAACAGGGUUGGUUAUACCCUUGUAUCUGAAUUACCCUCUGAGCCAUGUACAUGCUCGGUACCACUGAAGAGUGCAGUGUUUUCCAUGGUUAAAUCCGCUUUGAAAUCCAUUGACUUUGAGUUGCACAGUGGUAGUCAUCCUCGGCUUGGAGUUGUAGAUCACAUUUGUUUUCACCCCUUGGGUUCUACUUCUCUUGACCAAACUGCUGGAAUUGCCAGAUCUUUGGCAUCCGACAUUGGUUCUAUUCUGCAAGUUCCAACUUUCUUAUAUGGAGGUGCUCAUAAAGAGGGAAGAACACUUGAUUCCAUAAGAAGAGAACUUGGGUAUUUCAAACCCAAUUCAAGUGGGAACGAAUGGACAGGAGGAACAAUAUCCGAGACCUUGACAUUGAUACCAGACGAAGGUCCACCUCAUGUUGAUAGAACCAAAGGUGUUGUAGUCAUUGGAUCUGUACCAUGGAUAGACAAUUAUAACAUCCCUGUAUUCUCAGCUGAUAUUUCAGCUAUACGUAGAAUCGCUAAAAGAAUAAGUGAGAGGGGUGGUGGACUUCCAUCGGUUCAAGCGAUGGCUCUUGUCCAUGGUCAAGAUAUCAUUGAGGUGGCUUGUAACUUAUUGGACCCUAGUAUUGUUGGAGGUGAAUUGGUCCAACGUGAAGUGGAGCGGUUAGCUAAAGAAGAGGACCCCGAUAUGACUGUGGGGAAAGGGUAUUAUACUGAUAUGUCUCAAGAAACUAUAAUUGAGAGUUACUUGAAAUUCAAACUUAACCCUUGAUAGAAAAGAUCUGCAAUGGGUUGCUGAUGAUCAACAGUAAUGCAUAAGGAUAUCAACACAAUCAAUUAUUUGGGUAAAUGCUUUUCAGUUUAGCAUUUGAUGAAUAAAUGUUUUUUACACUUGUUGGUAAUUCUCAUUAAGAAUUAGUUCAUGAGUAAACCCAUAAUUUGCUAUUAAAUUAUUUGUCAA